UUCAGUCUGAUUCAGAUGUGAAACUUUUCCCGCGGCCUCUCACCCAGUUCCUGUAGGCUGGGUCUCUGCUUCAAAUUCCUUCUUCCUUUAGCCAGGCUCCCCCAGUUCUCCUCCCCAAAGUGCUUUCUGGUCAGAUGCUCAGUUCUUCUGGGACCUGCAGGAGGAAGUUGGGGGCUCAAGAGGGAGUUGUUUCCCUCUAGGGGUCCUAGGCCCCCAGUUCCCAGUGUUUUGAUUCUCUGGAGUGGAAAUCUUUGGUUCUCAUGGCAAGUCUUGUUCCUGUUCAGAGGAGCCAUCUGCAAGGCCCCAUUCUCAGGUUACGCUACAUGGUGAAGCAGUUGGAGAAUGGAGAGGUAAACAUUGAGGAACUGAAGAAAAACCUGGAGUACACAGCUUCUCUGCUGGAGGCCGUCUACAUCGAUGAGACACGGCAAAUCUUGGACACUGAGGAUGAGCUGCAGGAGCUUCGUUCAGAUGCCGUGCCUUCAGAGGUACGGGACUGGCUGGCCUCCACCUUCACCCAGCAAACCCGAGCCAAAGGCCGCCGAGCGGAGGAGAAGCCCAAGUUCCGAAGCAUUGUGCAUGCUGUGCAGGCUGGGAUCUUCGUGGAACGGAUGUUCCGGAGAACGUAUACCUCUGUGGGCCCCACCUAUUCCACUGCAGUCCACAACUGUCUCAAGAACCUGGAUCUCUGGUGCUUUGAUGUCUUUUCCUUGAACCGGGCAGCAGAUGACCACGCCUUGAAGACCAUUGUUUUUGAGCUGCUGACUCGACAUAACCUCAUCAGCCGAUUCAAGAUUCCUACUGUUUUUUUGAUGUCUUUUCUGGAAGCCUUGGAGACAGGCUAUGGGAAGUACAAGAAUCCUUACCACAACCAGAUCCAUGCAGCUGAUGUUACCCAGACAGUCCAUUGCUGCCUAAUCCGCACAGGGAUGGUGCACUGCCUGUCGGAGAUUGAGGUAUUGGCCAUCAUCUUUGCUGCAGCCAUCCAUGACUAUGAGCACACAGGCACGACCAACAGCUUCCACAUCCAGACCAAGUCAGAAUGUGCCAUCCUGUACAAUGACCGUUCCGUGCUGGAAAAUCACCACAUCAGCUCUGUGUUCCGGAUGAUGCAGGAUGACGAGAUGAACAUUUUCAUCAACCUCACUAAGGAUGAGUUUGUAGAGCUGCGGGCGUUGGUCAUUGAGAUGGUGUUGGCCACAGACAUGUCCUGCCAUUUCCAGCAAGUGAAGUCCAUGAAGACAGCCUUGCAGCAGCUAGAGAGGAUCGACAAGUCCAAGGCGCUGUCACUUCUCCUUCAUGCUGCUGACAUCAGCCACCCAACAAAGCAGUGGUCAGUGCACAGCCGCUGGACAAAGGCCCUCAUGGAGGAGUUCUUCCGCCAGGGUGACAAGGAGGCAGAGCUUGGCCUGCCCUUCUCUCCACUCUGUGACCGCACUUCCACUCUGGUGGCCCAGUCCCAGAUUGGUUUCAUUGACUUCAUUGUGGAGCCCACGUUCUCUGUGCUGACUGAUGUGGCAGAGAAGAGCGUCCAGCCCCUGGCAGAUGAGGACUCCAAGACCAAAAACCAGCCCAGCUUCCAGUGGCGCCAGCCUUCUCUAGAUGUGGAUGUGGGAGACCCCAACCCUGAUGUGGUCAGCUUCCGCUCCACCUGGACCAAGUACAUUCAGGAGAACAAACAGAAAUGGAAGGAACGGGCUGCAAGUGGCAUCACCAACCAGAUGUCCAUAGAUGAGCUGUCCCCCUGUGAAGAGGAAGCGCCGCCAUCCCCCGCGGAAGAUGAACACAACCAGAAUGGGAAUCUGGACUAGCCCUGGGCUGGCCCAGGUCCUCACUGAGUCUGAAGUAUUUGAUGUCAUUAGCACCAUCCAUCAGGACUGGCUCCCCCAUCUGCUCCAAGGGAGCAUGGAGGUCGCAGAAGAGACAACCCACCCGAAGGCCAAACGCCAGAGAUUGUGGGGCUGGGGGAAGGGCUCCUCCCCACCGACACCCAUUGGGGUGCACUUUAAUUUCCUGGCAGCAAGACUGGGAAACUUCAGGCUCCCAAUGGUCACUGUGUCCGUCCCCCUGUCCCUGAACUCCCCUCCUGGCCUGAUGGCUGCCUGGGAGAGGGACCUUCCUGAGGCUUCCCAGGGCCGAGAUGCCAGCCCCCUGGGCCCUCCCAGUCCUUUGCCUCCAAGUUUCUAAGCAAUACAUUUUGGGGGUUCCCUCAGCCCCCCACCCCAGAUCUUAGCUGGCAGGUCUGGGUUCCCUUUCUCCUCCUCUGGGAAGGGCUGGAAUUGGGUAGAAAGCUGGGGUUUUUACACCCUGUGUGUGGGGAGGGGAGGGGGUUCCUUCAGGGCAUGGUUCUUUUCUAGAAUGGGGUGGGGGUGGGCAUCCCCAUUACUCCAGACUUGCACUGCUUUGGCCCCGUCCCUGGCCUGACUCCCUGCCAUCUUCUCUCUCUCCCGUGCUGAAAUGGAAGAGAGGAGCCAUUGGGACCAGGGUCUGAGGGGGGGCCUUUCCUGGGGUCCUAGAGAACUCGGGGCUGGUCUGGGCUCCUGGGGCUUGUCACCUGCCCUGGCUGUCUCAGCCCAUUGACUCUUUCUUCUCCUUUGGAGCUAGGAGGGGCUCCCAUCCGACCAAUGUCUGUAAAGUGCUUUGUGGUCUCCCCAGCAAAGCACCUUCAGGAUGCAUUUUAUGAGCACAGGCAGGAGAGUCCAGCUGGGUUGGGUCUCCCGUGUAUGGGGAGGGUAAGGUACAAUCGCAUAAUCCCGUGUUGCUAACAGAGAGGUUCCUCUCUCUCCCUCCGGUCUCCCAGAACUGGCUCAGCUGCUGGUACCAAGCAACUCCUCCCUGGGAAAGCGGCGGGUACAAGGCAGGUGUGGGAGGGGCUCAGGGCUCUGCUGUUGUGACCUCUGGAGAGAGCCCAGCCAGGCCCUUUGCCCCUUCUCCUCAGGCCUCCUCCUUGCUCCCAUCUUGCCCCUGAAAGGCCAAAGUCCAGGUGACUGCCGCCUCCUCUCUUGUAAAUACCAACCAUGCAUCUGUACAGUGGGCCCUGUUCUUGUGAAGUUCAUAUCCAUGGCCUCUUAGACCUGCCACCCUGAAACUUGUCCCCAUCCCAGUGGGGCAGAGACGCAUGUGACUCACCCCUGCCCUUGGUCUCCCAGGCCCCUGAUAUAGCCAGAGAUCAAUAAAGAAAGGAGACUGGGCUGUCUGUGUCUGGAG